AUGGAUGAGAAUGCGGAGCUGAACAGAAGUGUUGUUCCUUUCGUUAUAGGAACGUUUAGCAUUGUGAUUAUGCUUGCAGCAAGCGCAGUCGGCGCCACUGUUGGGGCUGCGAUGUCUGCGUCUUCUGCUGCAAUUGUGGCGAACCGGGGCACAGACCUAAUUACAAAGUCGUAUCUUCCCGUCCUGUUCGCAUCUGCUGGGUUUAUGUACGCGAUUAUUGUCUCUUUUCUGUCGAUUUCAAGGAUGACGGAGGAUGUGUCUUUGAAGACUGCCUCUACUGUGAUGGCAGCGUGCUUUGUGUACGGGGGAGGGGCACUCUUCUCGGGCAUGGCGAUAGGAAAGGCAAACAAGUAUGCAAUUGUAAAAAUGAGCGAAGACAGAAGAAUCUUCCUUGCCUCGAUUAUUAUAAACUCGACCAUCGAGAUACCAGCCGUGUUCUCUCUCAUCUGCGCAGUCAUGAUUUUGGCGAGAGGCUGA